AUGUUUGCCAGACUUCGAAAUGAAGUGCUACCCUAUAUCGAACAAAAAUAUCCGGACAAGAUUCAAUUCUUGUUUCGUCACCAAGUUCAACCUUGGCACCCAUCCUCCACCGUUGUUCACGAGGCUUCUUUGGCCGUUGAGAAGAUCAAACAAGAAAGCUUCUUUGAUUUUUCGGCAAAACUCUUCGAAGUACAAAAGAAAUAUUUUGACGAGUCGGUUUACGAUCUUAGCCGCGAACAGAUAUAUCAGUCGCUGGCGGAACACGCAAAACAAUUUGGAAUUCCGAACGAUCAAUUUCUUACGUUGCUUCGUGUUAAUUCGGUUGGUAACCCGAGUGAAGCUAGUAACUCGGGAAACAAGGUGACCAACGAUCUCAAGUGGUUCAUCAAAUUAAGUCGCAAAAAGGGAAUCCACGUUUCUCCCACGGUAGUGUGGGACGAAAUCGCUGAUGACAAUGUCAGUUCCAGUUGGGAUCUCGAAGAAUGGAAAAGGUGGUUGGAUAAAAAGAUGGAAGGUUGA